CACUUCGUCAAAGGCGACGCGGGAGGAGGGGAGCUCGGAUGCGCUCUCCAUCCAUUAAGAGACAAAGAGCAAAUUGCCUUACUUUAAAGUAAAACGCUCCGGCUAAUGAAGGUGCCCGCCGCCGCCUGCCAUGCUCUCCAGGUAGGACAUGCACGUCCUCGGGGCAGGCGCACCUCAGCAGCUGGGAAGCAAAAGGCUCACCUGAACAUGGAGAGAUAAGACGCUGUCUGGCAGGCCCCAGAGACAGAGUCGCGCCCACCCCCGCUGGGCGAGCCCCGGGCGUCAAGAUGGACAGCAACCGAGAGGCCGAGAUGGAACUGAGGAGGGGCCCCAGUCCCGGCAGGGCUAGCAGGAGCCCCGAGGCGGACGGGGACAAGGCCCUGAGCCACAGCUGCUGCAUCUGCGGCAAGAGCUUCCCGUUCCAGAGCUCGCUGUCGCAGCACAUGCGCAAGCACACGGGGGAGAAGCCCUACAAGUGCCCCUACUGCGACCACCGGGCGUCCCAGAAGGGCAACCUGAAGAUCCACAUUCGCAGCCACCGCACGGGAACGCUGAUCCAGGGCCACGAGCCCGAGGCCGGCGAGGCGCGCGUGUCCGAGGGCCUGGACGGCUGCACCAGCCCCACGAAGAGCACUUCGGCCUGCAACCGGAUCCUGAACGGGGCCACCCAGGUGGACAACGGCAAGAUCCUGCUGCGGAGCAGCAAGAAGGAGGCGGAGGGGGCACCCGGCGCCGCGGAGCAGGGCCAGGCGGCGGCCGGGCAGUGCGCCUUCUGCAAGAGCAGGUUCGAGCGCAAGAAGGCCCUGGAGCAGCACAUGCAACAGGCGCACAAGCCCUUCAAGUGCCGGCUGUGCAGCUACGUGACCCUGCGGGAGGAGUCCCUGCUGAGCCACAUUGAGAAGGACCACAUCACGGCGCAGGUGCCCGGCGGCGAGGCGUACGCGGAGAACGGCAAGCCCGAGCUGCCCCCGGGCGAGUUUCCCUGCGAGGUGUGCGGCCAGGCCUUCAGCCAGACCUGGUUCCUGAAGGCGCACAUGAAGAAGCACCGGGGCUCCUUCGACCACGGCUGCCACAUCUGCGGCCGGAGGUUCAAAGAGCCGUGGUUCCUGAAGAACCACAUGAAGGCGCACGGCCCGAAGGCGGGGAGCAAGAACAAGCCCAGGAGCGAGCUGGACCCCAUCGCCACCAUCAACAACGUGGUGCAAGAGGAGAUGAUCGUGGCCGGCCUGUCCCUCUACGAAGUCUAUGUUGUGGCAGCCGUGCAUGGAUUUGAAUGCUGCUUCUGGAUGCAGAGAUAA